CAUCCCAUCCCACUACCACCCAUCUCGUCGUCCGCCGAUUCGAUCCGGUUCUUCCAACCCAGGGUGAGUCUCCGGAUCCGUCGCCGUCUGGUCUCCGUGUGCUCUCAUCGCCGUCGCCGCCGUCUGACUGACCCCCUCGCCUCCCGCGGCGUCGGGUCUCUGGUGCUGCUGCUGCUGCUGCGUGCAGGGCAGUGAUGGCGACGAAGAGGAGCGUGGGCACCCUCGGCGAGGCGGAUCUGAAGGGGAAGAAGGUGUUCGUGCGCGCCGACCUCAACGUCCCGCUCGACGAUGCCCAGAAGAUCACCGACGACACCCGCAUCCGCGCCUCCGUCCCCACCAUCAAGUUCCUCCUCGAGAAGGGCGCCAAGGUCAUCCUCGCCAGCCACCUGGGUCGUCCAAAAGGUGUCACCCCAAAGUACAGCUUGAAGCCUCUUGUUCCACGCUUGUCUGAGCUCCUUGGAGUUGAAGUCGUGAUGGCCAAUGAUUGCAUUGGUGAGGAAGUCGAGAAGUUGGCUGCCGCUUUGCCAGAAGGUGGAGUUCUGCUCCUAGAGAAUGUUAGAUUCUACAAGGAGGAAGAGAAGAACGAACCUGAGUUUGCUAAGAAGCUUGCAUCUGUUGCUGACCUUUAUGUCAAUGAUGCUUUUGGCACGGCACACAGAGCUCAUGCUUCAACCGAAGGAGUUACCAAGUAUUUGAAGCCUGCUGUUGCUGGCUUCCUCAUGCAGAAGGAACUUGACUACCUUGUUGGAGCUGUUGCCAACCCAAAGAAGCCAUUUGCCGCCAUUGUUGGUGGAUCCAAGGUCUCAACUAAGAUUGGUGUCAUUGAGUCGUUGCUGGCGAAGGUCGAUAUCCUCAUCCUUGGUGGUGGUAUGAUCUACACAUUUUACAAGGCACAGGGAUAUUCUGUUGGAAAAUCUCUCGUGGAAGAGGAUAAACUCGAGCUCGCAACUUCUCUUAUUGAGAAGGCGAAGGCAAAGGGGGUUUCUCUUUUGCUUCCCACUGAUAUUGUAGUAGCGGACAAGUUUGCAGCCGAUGCUGAGAGCAAGAUUGUCCCUGCCACUGCUAUCCCUGAUGACUGGAUGGGUCUUGAUGUUGGCCCUGAUGCCACCAAAACAUUCGACGAAGCAUUGGACACCACCAAGACUGUUAUUUGGAACGGCCCCAUGGGAGUGUUUGAGUUCCAGAAGUUUGCAGCUGGCACCGAGGCGAUUGCCAAGAAGCUAGCUGAGCUUACAACCACGAAGGGUGUCACUACCAUCAUCGGCGGUGGCGACUCUGUCGCUGCUGUCGAGAAGGCUGGGCUGGCCGACAAGAUGAGCCACAUUUCGACCGGCGGCGGUGCGAGCUUGGAACUCUUGGAAGGCAAGACUCUACCUGGUGUCCUUGCCCUCGAUGACGCCUAGAUCCGCUGCUGCUGCUGCUACUCAGGUUCUGCCAGCUUUGCGUGUCAUCUUGUUUCGGACCUUGGUGUAGCACUGCAAGGCUAAGGUUUACUCCUCCACACAUGGACUUUCGAGGAUAGGCUUGCCACCGUGUUUUGCUAGAUGAGUCGUGAAAUAAGCUUUUACUUCCUCGCUGCUGUGGGUGAAGUGACUGGAAUUCGGAAAUUUGGAACUAACAAAACCCCCCGUGGAUUUGUAUGAUACGUUUUGUUCGACAGUUUGCGUCCCAUCUUUCACUGUGGUAUCUGGUAUGGUAUGUUCUUAUUUUUUGUCUGACAGAGUGACAGUUUGCAUUCCUGUGUUGCCGUUGCUAUUCGUUCCUGCUACCUGUGGCGCCAGAUGAAUUGGGAACAAGGUUUUCUAGUUUAGUUGGUUAAAUUAUCUUCUUUCAGUGUUGUUCUGGAGUGGUGGUAGCUAAUGGCGGCCCUUGCAAAUAAAAACUUGCUACCCGAGUUUGGCGCUGGCGCAGCAAUUUAUUCAUUCAUUUUAUGGCCCGUUUGGAUC